UGGUGCAUAUGGAGAGUAUAAUACAAGCCCUUCCAGGAUGGGAGCUCUUUGACGGCACCUUGCGGGAAACCUUCCAGGGUAUCCGCUCCGAGGCCGGUGAAGAGAUGGUCCUGAAGCAAAACGUGUUCGUGGAACAGCUCCUCCCUUUCGCCGUCAUCCGGAAGCUGCGGGUAGAGGAGAUGGAUGCCUACCGCCAGCCCUUCAAGAACCCCGGGGAGGACCGGCGUCCGACCCUGACAUGGCCUCGCGAGAUUCCCAUCUUGGGUGAUGGCCCGGACGAAAUGAUCGUCAGAGCUACGGCCUACAACGCCUUCCUCAAUGACUCGGCGGAUCUACCCAAACUGUGCAUCCUGGCCACUCCUGGAUUCUUCAGUGACUGGAUCGAGAGGACCACCGGAGAAUGGCCGAACCAGAAGAAGGUCAGGUGCGAGGGCCACCAUUUCCUCCAAGAAGACUCUCCCAUCCAGAUAGGGGAUCACAUCAAGGAAUUCUUAUCAGAAAUUUAUAAAUAGACUUAUCUUGGAAAUGAAUUAUAGAGUGUAGUAAACUUAGAUACAUCCCCCAGAAAAAUCUGUGUAAGAUUUAUAUCAUACAUUGCUUGAAAACGCUACCGCCACACCAAUGAUACCGACUCAAGACCGACUAAAGGCUAAAUUACGUUAUUUCCAAUGGCAUACCAUAGGUCGGUUUGUAGUCGGCUUCGUUGGUGUGACUGUACAGCAUGAAACAAUUUUUGAAGUUUGUCCAAUCUAAUAAAGGACUAUGUAGAUGUCGCCUCAUAUAGCCUUUUAUCGUUCAUAGUGGCGACAAAUAUGCAGGUAUAUCACCGACUUCUGGAACUCUGAACCAGGAUACAAGCUAUAUAUACAAAUAAUUUCCUCUGUAUAAAGUGUUCAGCCAGCUAGAUGUCAUGCGAGCUUCGAAUGCAUAUAUUGAGCUUAAUUAAACAUGCUAAACACAUGGCAUGACGCAAACACAUUACCUUUCAUUUGAUAGUAAAUCAAUCCAUCCUCUUUUCGUAUACCUUCGGAGACGUAAUUAAAUUUAAAUUUAGAUACACCUAGAACAAAACUUCUUGUGGAACGGGAUUGAUCAUUCCAAGUCAAAUCAAUAAAGAAUCCUAUAGUCACUGUGCAAAGCAAUGUCGUGAGAAUCUAGUUCAUCGGGGCUGGUGACUCUUCCUAAGUCGAAUCCCUUUGGGACCACAGAUAUCUUUUCGAUUAUGGCAAAUUAUACAGAAGAUAUGGAAAAUGCUGUCAACACAUUUUUUUUAUAUUCUAGUCUCAAACAUUGCUUAAGAUUCGGCGAUUAUUCGACUUAUUGAAAGUCGACUUAGACAUGUUAGACAGAAUCUGUUGUAAUUUUAACAUAUAUGAACUAAACAUGCUAAAUCCGAAAUGGAAUUUAUGGAGGCAUUUUCUAGUAGAUAUUCCAAAGAACUUUCUCCAUUAAUAUAUUUGAUUCCCUAUCUACAAGGUUAUAAUAUCUCGUCUUUAUUUUUUGAAAGUGCCUAUCACACAAAUCGGUACUAUGUAAGUGUAAGCCACAUAUGAUAUUGAUUUGAACAAGAGACUAAGGUAUUGAUGACAUCGUUCAUUUGGAAAGAGAGGAGAAAGACUUACACGCAAUUCAGUGAAAACAAUAAUCAAUAUCGGAUGUAAAUUCAAAGUUCUUAGUUUAAUUUUGAAAGAAUGGUUUGUAGAAGCCUUGUCGAUGCAAGUUUGGUAUAAAGUGUAAUAUAUUUGUGUUUUUAAUUGCAAAAUAUGAAAUAUUAUAUUGUCGAUCCCGAAUAUUUGAUUCUGAAUAGCAUCAGAGAUAAGAAUCAACUCGAUUCUGAGUCAGAACGAUGUAUUUUCCUUUUUACUUUGACUUGUAUCUACUCAAAUAUCAAGUGAUCAUUCCUAGUCAAAUUCAUUUUUUCUAGUCGUUUUACCGCUGCAAGAAAGAUCUGACACAUGCACCAGCUAAUGCUAUUCUGAGUCAAGUUUGACCCACUGAUAUAAAUGUGUGGAACUUAUCCAAAGUGCUGGGUUUGUAAUUUGUAGAAUACUAGUGUAUAUUUUUGUACAUUUUCGAGCUUAUUUUUACGAUGAGGUACAUUUUAAUAAGACAUAAACAAAUUUUCUAUCCAAACACAAAUAUAGGCCUAUAUCAUAAAGAAUCUAUUCACUGCCAAUCA